ACAAUAUGCGACCCCAAAUAAUAAAUUACUCCCUGACCGAAAUAGUGAUAUGUUUUAUUGUGGUUGGAUAUGCGGCUGUUGACUUGGUUCCUUGUGAUAAAACUAGAAGGGUAUUUCAGUCUUCGUGGGGUAUCAUAAGUGAUGGACCUGUGGGAUCAAACUACACCCAAGAUAGCCAUUGCGAAUGGCUGAUCAAGGCCAAUGACAGCAAAAAAUAUAUUACUCUGAGCUUUCGUAGUAUGGGCACCGAAUGUUCUUUUGAUUAUGUGUUCGUCUACGAUGGAGAUUCUUUUAAUGCCCCACUUCUUGGUAGCUUCAGUGGCAAGACUGAGCCUCAGCAAGUUAUUGCAACUUCUGGGUAUAUGUUAGUAUUAUUAUACAGUGAUACAAACUAUGUGUUGGAUGGUUUUCGAGCAGAAUUCUCCAUUACAGACUGCCCAAAUAAUUGUUCAAAUCAUGGCGUGUGUUAUGACCAUCAGUGUGCGUGCGAAACUGAUUGGGGUGGUUACGACUGCUCAAGACAGUUGUGUCCUGAUAACUGCGGAAGAUAUCAAAGCCGUGGUCAUUGCGAUCAAAGCCAGUGUGUUUGCCGUUCGGGAUUUUCUGGACAGUCCUGUAAUUUAAAUGAACAUGAUUCUGUGGGAAACAAAUGGCACUGGUUAUCUCAUUCGGAAGGAGGUUUACAGCCUCGUGCUGCACAUUCUGCAGUAUACAUGAAGUUGACUGAUGCUCUGUAUGUGUUCGGAGGAUACAAUCUCAAUACUGUCUUAGGAAAUUUGGAAGUUUAUAAUUUUCAAACAAGUACAUGGAGAGAUGAGAAUGGUGACUUGUUACCAGAUAAGGGUCUCAUUAGUUCUAUUGAACCCAGUUCAAUAGCAAAAUUAAUAGAACAUGCCGGCCCUGAUUGGGAACAGAAAUGGGGCAUAAACAGUAGGACUUCCUUUUUGAAGAAUCUUCUUUAUUCAAUCAGUGAGAAUGCAACACAUAUUCGAAGAAGACAACGUCAUUCCAGAGUAACGGAGGAGCACAAGCCACUUCCUAGAUAUGGACAUUCAGCUUGUGCAUUGGAUAAAGGAUUUGUACUUUUUGGUGGAAAAUUACAGAAUGGUAGUCUUGCGAAUGAUCUGUGGUACUAUAAUGUUCAAACAAGAAUUUGGCAGCUAAGGGGAAGACUUUCAACAUUACAACCACCUCCGCUUACAAGACAUACUUUGACUUGUGCCAAUAAUGUGAUAUUUUUGUUUGGAGGCAGCAAGGAGAAUGGAGAGUUUUCAUCUACAUUAUAUAGUAUCCAACUAGCUCCAGAUCUAGAUGAAAAUUGGGAGGAAAUCAAACCUAGAGGUGGGAAGCAGUUAGAUAUACGAGUUGUAGCUCAUAGUACUGUCUUUCAUCCAUCAACUAAUUCACUGAUAGUUUAUGGAGGAAUUGUACCAGGUGUUGCCAGAUUCUCCAAAUUAUCAGAUAGGAUGUUUGUUUUUCAAUUGGACUAUCGAUAUUGGACUGAAAUACAUUAUACCAGAGAACAUUUGAGGGAAAAAUUUGUUCCUAGAGAAAGAGCAUUUCAUACUGCCAAUAUUUUUGGAAAUUAUUUGGUUAUAUUCGGAGGAUAUUCCCAUAGACACAAUAAAGAAGAAAUUUGUUAUGACAAUCAGAUGUAUUUGUAUCAUCUUGGGUGCCAUACUUGGGUAAAUCCUGAUAUACUGGGAAAGACUAAUGAAUCUCAGUAUCCUAAACAGCAAGGUGUAUUUGCUCAUGCUUCUGCUGUAAGAAAUGGUAACACUUUAGUCCUAAUUGGUGGAUAUCAUGGUAAUGUUAAUGGAGACCUACUUGCCUAUACAGUUCCUCCAAUGAUUGCUACCAGAACUGGAGAAAUAUAUGAUCCAGAGGCAGCGUGUGUAAGACAUAGAAACUAUGGAGAAUGCUCCUCUGAUCCAGAAUGUGGUUGGUGUUCUGCAGAUGAACAAUGCUAUGGAAGAACAAUAGGUUCAAAUUGUACUACAAAUUUGCAAACCACAAGAUGUCCUGGGGUGUGUCCAGCCCUAGGAGACUGCCAUUCUUGCCUUAUACAUGGUCAUAUAUUACCACAACAUACUCCCAUGAUCUCAGCUGCCCGUAAACUUGGUUUGGAGGAAUGCACUUGGUGUGUGCAGAAUGCCAGAUGCCAUCACAAAGAUGACAAUUACGGAGUUUGUGGUUUACAAGAAGAUAGUCCUAGUCAAAUACCAGGAUGGUGGGGUCCAAAGGGAACAGAAGUGGUGAAACCAGAACAAUGCCGAGAACUUGAUAGGCGACCUGGUUUGACCUUUGUGAAGUAUCACUAUCCUGUUAAUUACUCUCAGCCAGACAAUGUUGCCAUAAUCAAUGCCACAACUGUGGAUUUUAUCAGUCCUACAAGUUCGCUUCCCCGUGGAGAUUUUUCAAGUGGAGGAGAGAUGGUUGCUCGACUUUUAGGUUUUCUUAGGCUUCCCCCUAGCUGGCAGGAGAUGCUUAAUGUGUGUGUCAGUUUUUGCUCUGCAACUUUAACAGUUUCGGAUACUUUGGUGGCCAAUGUAACACCAGAAGCCAAAGAGUGCAUGGGCGUAAAAUGGCCAGAUAAUAUAACUUUAGAUAGAAUAUCUGUUGAUUUUAUGUCUAAGAAAAUGAUCAACAUGGGUUACAACACUUAUAUGCAACAGAGCAAAAUGGAGCUGCAGCAUUUCAAAGAGUCUGAUGAUACCCCCAAAGUGAGUACAGGGAGACAGGAUAAUAAUAUGUUAUCUGUUAUAAAACCCCAAGAACAGUGCAAAACAUGUUCUAUGCACGUCAACUGUUCUACAUGUCUUAGCUCGCUUAGUUGUGGAUGGUGUUACAAUAAUUCAAAUCCCAUGAGCGGUGUUUGUGUCCAAGGGGACUUCAACAAUCCUCAUGUCAACUGCUCUCUUGCACUAGGUUCUGCCGAGUCUAAAUGGGCCUAUGCCCAAUGUCCAGACGUAGACGAAUGUGGUUUGGGCUUGCACGAUUGUCACGAACAAGCUAUUUGUACCAACACUGAUGGGUCCUUCAGUUGCCAUUGCAAAAAAGGCUAUAUUGGUGAUGGUAGGAAAAAUUGUCACAGAACUUGUUUCAAUGUAUGCAUUCAUGGAGUGUGUCAAGGAGAACCUGAUUAUUCAUGCAAAUGUGAUAUUGGGUGGUACGGAGAUGAUUGUUCAAAAAAUUGUGGGUGUAAUAACCAUUCUGCUUGCCCUCAGGGGGAAGGAAUUUGUGAGGAGUGUGUCGACAAUACUAUGGGAGAUUUUUGUGAAUACUGUAGACCCGGCAGUUAUGGAAAUGCUACCACUGAACUGGGUUGUAAAAAGUGUGAUUGUAAUGGACAUGGAAAUAAAGACCAAGGCGAAUGCGACAUAGAUACUGGAAUUUGCUUUUGUGAAGAUAACACUGAAGGUGAUCAUUGCGAACGUUGUAAGAUAAAUUAUUUUGGGGACCCCAAAAAUGGAAAUCAAUGCUAUUAUCAGUGUGAAGCUAGAGGAUUGUUGAGAGAUCCACAAGGGCAAGGUAUCACUUCCAUGCAAUCCUAUAUUCCUCCUUGGGGAGGAACUCCUGCAAGAGAAUGUUUAUGGAUAAUAAAACCUUACAUAAACAGCGGAUCAGCCAUUAUUCAACUUGAGGUAAAAUCCUCACAACUCAAUGUAAGCUGUGGAGAAAAUGCUGUUUAUGUUUAUGAUGGUUUACCAGAGCUGGUUGACAUGGGUAGUCAGAGUGCUCUUUCGGCUGUGUUUUGUACAGAGGAAGCCCUUCCAAUCAAUGUUGUAGAAUCUAGAACAGGCCAACUUACAGUUCAUUACAAGCAAGGCCUGUCAGGUGAAAGCUUCAGCGCUAUGUAUAAAGUGAUGAGCUGUGAUAAUUGCCUACCUCCUCGGGAAUGUCGCAAUGGUCAGUGUGUUUGUCAAGAUGGCUUGGUAGGGUUUGGUUGUGAAGAGGCAAUAUGUCCAAAAAACUGCAGCCAUGAUAUUGGCCGGGGUUCAUGCGACAAAUCAUAUGGCAGGUGUCUCUGUACAGAGGGAUGGACUGGGCCUUCAUGUGAAACAAAGCAAACAAAAACCCAACUUAUAUUCACCGAAUUAUUCAAUACUGUUAGUUUGGCAGAUAGUUUGGAACAUCUUCGGAAAACCCUCCCUCGUUUUGGCCAUUCGCUUGUUUCAGAUCGUAGAGGAGCACUGUGGAUGUUUGGAGGUUAUUCUUUAUCGCAUGGACCUCUCAACGACAUCAGACAGUUCGAUACUAAAAAUCUAACUUGGAUGCAAGUGACGGUUGAGUCCACACCUGACGCCAGAAUGCCAAUGGGGAGAUAUUUCCAUGGUUCAGAUAUUGUCCAUACCCAAACCAUUUAUGUUUAUGGUGGAUUGACCAAGAAAGUAAAAAAUUUCAACAACAGGACACUGGACGAUUUCUGGCAAUUUGAUAUACAAAAUCAACGCUGGAAUGAAAUAGAGAAAGGAGACUUGUGGCCUCCCGCUGUAGCUGGUCACACUUUGACUUAUCACAAAAGUCAAGACUGCUUAUUAUUGAUUGGAGGGGUAUCACCGCAAAGUGGUUUUUUGAAUUUUGUGUGGGAAUAUAGGCUGGAAAAGAAGCAAUGGCAACCUAUGAAUACAAAAGGAAAAGGACCUCCUGGAAUCUUUGGGCAUACUACGGUUUAUCACGCACAAAGUAACAAUGUUUAUGUUUUUGGUGGUGUGUUAUUUGAAAAACAGUUGGCAACUGUUUCUAAUAAUCUUUUCAUGUUCAAUUAUGAUAAUAAGACUUGGACUAAACUGAAUAGUCUUGAUGGUGCAGAUCACUGGCCUCGUCCAAGAUAUUUCCAUUCAGCUGUUACCACAGACGACUACAUGAUGCUAUUUGGAGGAAGGAUGUACCCGUGGAACAUAACUGAUACUUUAUAUGUUUAUUCCUAUAACUGCAAUAAAUGGAUGAACUUGAUGUCAGAUGCUGUAGAGAAGGUGGGGCCUCCUCCAACUCAAACAUAUGCCCAAGCCAUGACUGUCGAACCAGACGGUGAUGCUAUAUAUACAAUUGGAGGUUGGGGAAUUGAUACUCAAAGUACUGUUUUGAGGAUGGAGCUCCCAGCCGAUUUGUGUAACUUGUUACCAAAGAAAUUUAACUGCCUUCACAUGGCUGGUUGCGGUUAUUGUGCUAACGGAAUCGCUGGAGAUGUUGUUAGUGAACAGUGCCACACAAAUACCAAAGAAUGCUCUUUGGAAACUUUAACGAAUGCGUCUCUAAUAACAAACCAAGGAGAAAUAUGUACGAUGUACAACUUCCAAACUUCUGCAAAUAACUGUUCAAUAUCUCAGGAUUGUACUUCUUGCCUGCAAAAUAAUUGUUACUGGUGCCAGGAAAAAUGUAUCAGUAAUAAUAGUACUUGCAUGACCUUGGAGAAAUGUCCGUACAACCAAUGUGUCGCUACAGAUUGCAUUCAGUGUAACCAGAUUCCUGGAUGCGAUUGGAACUUUUCCAACCGUCAAUGUGUAUCAGAAACUCAAAAGGAAAAAGAUGAAUCACUUCUGAAUAUCAGUAUAACAUACGAAUGGCAUUAUGUAAAAUGCCCGCCUGAAAAUGAAUGCAAUAACGGUCAUCACAGUUGUGUUGAAGAAUCUGAAAUAUGUGUAGACCUUGAAGAAGGUUUCGAAUGUCGAUGUGGUCCUGGAUACAAAGCUGGUCUGAAUGGAUGUGAACCUAUUUGUUCCUUGGGCUGUGUCCGUGGUCAGUGUGUCCAACCUAAUAAGUGUCUAUGCGACUUUGGCUAUGUUGGUGCUAAUUGCAGUAUCCAAUGUCAGUGCAAUGGCCAUGCUAACUGUGAAGGCCCCGACAAAUUGGAUAAGUGCUUGUCUUGCCAUAAUAACACCAUGGGAGAGCAGUGCGAAAAAUGUAAGCCAUUAUUCGUUGGAGACCCAGCAGACGGGGGUUUGUGUGUUCCUUGUGUAGAGUAUUGCCAUGGUCACAGUUCGUUCUGCGUUGAUAAUAGCACUGAUCUGGAUCCAGAUGAUUAUAUUGACUAUGAAUAUCUUAAUGAAAAUUUAAAAGAAGGUCCUAAAGCAAAUGCCCGCUGUUUGAGGUGUGCCAACUUAACUUCAGGCCCUCGUUGUGAUGAGUGCAUUAUUGGCAAUUUCCGAGGUUCUGAAGAUCAUAAAGAUCCAUGCCGUCCAUGUGAUUGCCACGGGCAUGGUGAUACUUGCGAUCCUAUUCACGGAGACAAAUGCAACUGCCAAAAUAAUACCGAAAGUGACGUUUGCCGAGGAGUAGCGGACAAAAACUCUGCCCAUCCCUGCUGGAUGGUUCAGUGCUCUAAAUGUAAGGAUGGUUAUUUGGGAACGCCCACUUCAGGUCAUCAGUGUUAUAAACAAAUGCACGUUGACAACAAGAUGUGUUUUGAUGCCAAACCAAUGGAUGAAUGUAAAAUGAAACCAAAACCUUUACACCCUGGAGAUGUGGUAUUUUUUGUGAUACAACCUCGAUUUAUGAAUGUUGAUAUCAGAAUAAUAAUAGAUGUGACCCAAGGCAAAUUGAACGUUUUCAUGAGCACCCAUGAUGAUACUUACAUUGCCUACCCGAAUUCUACAACAGGCCUUAUUGACAUCGAUGUCGAUGGUCAAUAUGGACACUGGGAAAAUGGCAGUCUUAAAGCGAAAGAUUCUUAUUUUGAAAAAUAUGCAAUGGGAUUGAGGACAUAUAUUACUAUUACACAGCCUAAAACAAUAUUGCUUGUGAAACAUUUGCAGGAUAGACUAGUUAUCACACUACCUGAGGAGUAUCACAGUUUGGAGACGACACGCUUCUUCUUGGUUCUACAAGCCUUGGAGCCUACCGAUACAGACAAGAAAGUAUCUUAUGGCAUCGUAUUUUCUCGCCAGGAUCAACUUCAUAUCGAUUUGUUCGUUUUCUUCUCGGUGUUUUUCUCGUGUUUCUUCCUCUUCUUAGCCGCCUGCGUAGUUGCUUGGAAAGCAAAGCAAGCCGCCGACGUAAGAAGGGCCCGCAGAAGGCACGUCGUUGAAAUGUUACACAUGGCAAAACGUCCAUUCGCCAGUGUAACAUUGAACUUGAGUUGCCGACCUAAACCUAAAAAGUCGGCACAUUAUGACCUCCGGCCAGUAGCGGUGGAACCAACUGGCGAUGGGAUAGCAGCAGUGGCAACUGUCUUUGUUAGUUUACCAGGAGGCCAAAGCACGUCAGUCAAGCUAGCAUUAGCUUCUUCACUGAUUCUGCUUGCUAGACAAUUUCCCACAGGUGGAAGAAUAUUCUUGAGGCGAAGAUCAAUACACGCUGCCCCUCCAAUAUAG